CUCGUACCGUUUUGGAGGCCGGAAGCCCCAAACCCAUCUCUCUGGGCUGGAGUCAAGCUGGCAGCAGGGCCCAGCUCCCUCCAGAGGCCCAGGGGAGGACCCUCUGUGGCUUUUCCAUCUUCUGGUGGCCGCCGCCGUCCUGGGCUGGGAGCUGCUCACUCCACCCAUGGCCCCAUGGCCACACGGCCUCUCCCCCUGCUCAGUGAGGUCCCCCUGCCUCUCUCGGGAUGACAUUCAGGGCUCGUCCGGAUACAGGGCCCGUCCGGGCACAGGACGAUAUCCCCCUCUCCAGACCUGUCCCCGAACUGCUUCUGCACAAACCCCUUUCCCUACAAACACACACUCACAGGUUCAGAGGGUCAGCCCCAACACCCUUCGGGGUCGUGGUGCCACCUACCACCUCCUCCUGAGCCCCUGAGCGCUGGGCCUGGAGGGUCUAAGGUUUAAGCCGGUCCUGGGGCUGGUGGCUCCGCAGCCACAGCUCUGGACCGGCUCCUCCCACUAGACCAGAGUCUUUCGUGCUCAGCAGCCUUCACUGUCUCCGUCAGACACCCAGCCACACCGAAGAGUGAACAGGACAGCGCGGGGGACCCCUCACGCUCUCCGUACCCGGCGCAGAACCAUGGUGUCAGGGAGGGCAUUCCCCCUCUGCGCCUCCCUCGGGCCCCUCCCUCGGGGCCCCUCCCAGCCUCCGUCAGCCCUGCUCCCAGGGACUCGGCAGCCUCAGCCCCCUGUCCUCCUGGUGCUCAGUGGGGCUUCACACACAAAUCAGGCGUGCCUCCCCUGCCCCCCCCGAACCUUCCCACGCCGCACUCACGCACUCACAGCGCCGACUGAACACCCCUUCCCCGCCAGGUGCUGUUUCAGCACCGAGGACACAGCGGCAAACAGGACAGAACUGGGCCGUCCACAGGACAGAAAGCGUGCUAGUCCCCCACUGCUCAGGCACAAACUACCCCCAAACUUGGCAACUGAGGAUGGCAAGCAGGUGUGAUCUCCCCGUUUCUGGGGUCAAGAGUCUGGGCCCGGUGAGCUGGAUGCCCUGGCGCAAGGCUGCAGCCGAGCCGCUGACCCAGGCUCAGCUGGGAGGGGGCUGAGUCCUGUCCCUCACUGCUUUGGGCAGGCAUUGGUCCUGUGCCCCAUGGGUGUCGCCCCAGGGCUGCCUCAUGUCAUGGGGAGCAACCCAAGAAGGAGGAAGAAGUGACCGGCCCUCGCUUCUGCCAUAUUCUGUUGGCUCGAAGCAGGCUGCUCAGUGCGGCCCGUGCUUGGCGGAAGGAUCCACAAAGGCGUCAACACAGGACCGGGAUAGUUGGGGGCCACCGUAAAGGCUGCGGCCAGUCAGCAAACCAGAACGUACUCCAGGCAGUGGCGUGUGCGGGGAAAGGAAAAUGAAACAGGACGUGACGUGCUGGGCAGGGUCCCAACGCUGCACGUAAAGUGACUAGGGAAGGCCGUGCCGAGGAGGUGGCUUCUGAGUAGAGACCUGCAGCGGGCGUGUGAGUCUGGGGAAGGCGGCGGCAGCACGAGCAAAGGCCCUGGGGCAGAGCCUCCGGGGGACUGUGAGCCGGGAAGUGGGAGAUGAGUCCUGGCUGAAGGCAGAUGAGAGAUCUGUUAGCCUAGCCUACAUGUCACCCGCCUUCCUCCCUAUUGCCAUCACGUGGUCGCCCCCGCCGUCUUGCAGAGCCCGCUGUGGGACUUCUGCAGAGCCGCCCCCUCUGCCUGGGACCCCCCUAUCCUGGGUGCUGCACCUGCUCUUCCUCCAGCUCAGAGGCACUUCGCACUAAGAGUUCCUGCGUUUACUUGCCCACCGAUUGGAUCUCAAAAGGCGGUCAAAGUGUGCUCCAGGCCGGGGACACAGAGGCACAGGGAGGAAAGGACGAGUGAGUGAAGGAAGUUUUCUGCCUGGCUGCCAUAGUUUAUUCACUUUCAUAUUCCAUGUUUCAUGAUUUGCUUGCGUUUGCAUCUCAAGGUGAGGGUGAGAGAGACUGGGUGUGGAGGCCAGGGAGAGGCCGCUGGGACCAGCAAGGGGCGACAUGGCACAGGGCUGGGCACGGGGCAGGGGUCUGCACGCGAAGGCGGGAACCCGGGGCUCAGCGGGGAUAGCGGGAGUGCAGGGGAGUAAAGCCCGAAAACAGGUCUGGAUUCCGGACCGCGCUUUUUGGCGGAGGGGCUCAGCCUGCCCACCCCAGGAGUCCCGCCCCGCGCACUAAGCCCCGCCCCUAGCGACGCAGGUCCCGCCCCGCGACUUCACCCUGCCCCUGGGCACGGCCCUGUGACUAAGCACCGCCCAGAUAGCGCCGCUCGGCGCCCUGAGCUCUACCUGCUCGGCUCCGCCCGCCCCGCGCGGGUCUAACGUCUUCCGGGCCCGGCGGGGGCCCUAAGCCCCGCCCCUCCCAGGCCCCAGUCGGCUCGGCGCCCGCCCCAGGCCCCGCCCCCGAUUCCGGCAACGGCCAACUGGCGCAGGCGCCCUGGUCCCGCAGCCGUGGCCGCCCCGGUCGGCCCCGCGGCUGUCAGAAGAGCCAUGGUCCCGCCGCCGCCUCUCUGCACGUUGCCGCCGGGCCCCGGGCCCCCGCGCUUCAUAUGCUACUGCGAGGAGGAGAAGGCAGCUGGGGCCAGCGACCAAGGCGGCUUCAGCCUCUGGUGAGUGACGGGUCCUCGGCGCGCGGGGGGCGCGGGCAGCGCUGUGGACGGGGCCUCCUGACAGCCCCUCCCCCGCAGUGUGACGGACGCCGCGGAGCUCUGGAGCACCUGCUUCACGCCGGACGGCCUGGCGGCCCUCAAAGCCCGUUUUGGCCUGAGUGCGGCGGAGGACGUCACUCCCCGGUUCAGGAGGACGCAGCAACCCUGACCCUCUCGGGGGGCCCCUCCACACUGGACUUCGAGCUCUCCAAAGUGCCGGGCCCAGAGGCGGCCCCCAAGCUGCAGGCACUGACCCUGGGCCUGGCAGAGCGCAUGUGCAGCUUGGAGCGGCAGCUGGCAUGUAGGAUUGGGGGUGGGCACCCGCAGCCUCCCUCCCCGGGGCCCCCCUGCCCAUGCCUUCAUGCCUGGCUUUUCCCCCAGCUGUGGAGGAGAUGGCUGCCUGCCCCAGGAAGAGCCCUUGGCCAGUGGAGCCUCAGCAGUUCCUACCAGACCCAGAUUCUCAGAGAGGCUGCCCCGGACCUGGGGCCAGGAGGCGGUGUCCCGGCGAGUCCCUCAUCAACCCUGGCUUCAAAAGAAGCCAGCCAGUGGUGUAGAUUUUGAUGACCUCUGACCGUGCUGCAAGAAGUGUGACCCUGCCGGGAGUUUGCUUGUGAGAGGGGGGCCGGCCGCCGAGACCCCGUGUCACCCAUCCCCCACCCAUCCUGCCGCCCAGCAAGGACAAGCCUGCUUCUCUGAGCUCCGUCCGCAUCAAAUAAAUGGAUUUCUCAUGCA